CAUGUUGAGACAUUCACUACAUCCAGAGAGCAACAGCAGGAAGAUCACAGAGCUAAGAGGUCUCACCAAUGCCCACAUUGUGACGAGAUUUUCCCAAUUCUAUCAAAGUUAAAAAUACACCUAAAAAUACACACAGGAAAGAAUAUGUAUUUUUGCACUGACUGUGAGAAGAAGUUCACAACAUCAAAGGCUAUGGCAGUUCAUCAGAGAGUACACACAGGAGAGAAGCCUUACUCUUGCUCUGACUGUGGAAAUAGUUUUUCUCGACUGGGUGACCUAAAAAUACACGAACGUAUACAUUCAGGAGAGAAGCCUUACUCCUGCUCUAAUUGUGUUAAAUGCUUCACAACAUCAGGUAAGCUAAAAGUUCAUCAGAGAACACACACAGGAGAGAAGCCAUACUCCUGCUCUGACUGUAGAGCGAGUUUCUCUCAACUGAGCCACCUAAAACAGCAUGAACGUAUACACACAGGCGAGAAGCCUUACUCCUGCUCUGACUGUAGGAAGACUUUCUCUCAAUCGAGCCACCUAAAACAACAUGAACGUAUACACACAGGAGAGAAGUCUUACUCCUGCUCUGACUGUGGAAAGUGCUUCAUAACAUCAUCUGAGCUUAAAGUUCAUCAGAGAACACACACAGGAGAGAAGCCUUACUUCUGUUCUGACUGUAGGGUUAGUUUCUCUCAACUGGGAAACUUAAAACAACAUGAACGUAUACACACAGGAGAGAAGCCUUACUCCUGUUCUGACUGUGGGGCGAAUUUCUCUCAACCGUGCAACCUAAAAAAUCAUGAACGUAUACACACAGGAGAGAAGCCUUAUUCCUGCUCUGACUGUAGAAAGAGUUUCUCUCAAAUGGGCCACUUAAAAAGACACCAAAGUAUACAUAAAGGAGAGUAGCCUUAAUACUGCUGACUGUGCAAAAUGUUUUAAAUCAUCAGCUGAGCUAAACGGUCAUCAGAGAUCACACACAGGAGAGAAGCCUUUCUUCUGCUCUUAAUGUGGCAAGAGCUUCUCCCGAUUGGGCAAUGUAAAAACACACCAACGGCUACACACUUGAGAGAAGCCUCAUCCGUUCUCUCAAACCAGCUGAGAUUAGUCACCACUUAAUUCUCAUCUCAUAAAAUAAUUGGCAACGUUGAAUUGGAUCAAAUGAAGAAAGUGUAGAACACAAUUUUAAUCCUAUUGUAUCUCACUGUGAGAGAACAAUGCAGAGGACAGGGAGCGUUAUAAAAUGUUAGCCUCUCUUUACUGAUCAGUGUGCACCUUGUCAGUUUUGCUGUGUUCUUUUUAGCUUCUACUGUUUUUAUUCACAUUUUCAAACAGCCAUUUACAUUUUCCAACUGAGCUAUACAUGUGGGUGAGGUUUUUUCUCAUCUGAGUAGCCUUGUUUCACUGCCAAAAAUACAAUUAAACCAUCUAGUGUUCAGCGAAAUAACAACACAAUGUCAAAUACAGGUAGCCUAGUCAAAUAAUUUACAUCCAAUCGCGUUAACCGUUACUAUGUAUAAAAGCAACAGAUACCAUUAAUAAGAAGAGACUAGAAAUGUCUUAUACAGUGAGCUACCGAGUGGCUAGGACAGGCAAACACCAUACUAUUGUGGAGGACUUCAUUCUUCCUGCUUCCGCAGAUAUGUCUGGGGGAAA